GUUUAUAAUUUUGUUCAGUGUAAAUGUAACAAAUUAUUAUGAUUAAGAUGGAGAUUUGAGGACAGUCAUCAGUGUGCGCUGGGAAUCAGGGCUGCAUCCGAAAGCCUUCACAAACAGUAUAUGGAGGAAGACAAGUCUAUACUGAGAUGCCUUCAUCAUCAUUUUGAAGGCCACCAAUGCAUUCUUGCCAAUGUUAUCCUCAACACAUAUGGUUCAGCAGUUGGUGGAGAAAACGAUGUCAGUUGAAAGAGCCCAAAGGGCACAAAGACCACCAUUUGGAGCAUGCUGUCUCAUUCACUUCUUUUUGUAGGAUUCGUUAUGAAGGUCGCAGCAAACCAACACCUCAGACAGGCCGAGUGCCAGGUCGAGAGAUUGAGGCCGAAGUUGACUGUGCCUGUGUGCUUGGUACGAUGUGGAACUGAAGCAAAGAGGAGGCAUGUGACAGAACCUAAACCCGGAGAACUCCAGAGUUUAGUUGCUCCAUGCGGCUUAAACGAGCAACUCGAGGCAUGCAGAAUUCAUCACAAGACCAUCUUCAUCUUCAUCACCAGAUUUUUCCAGGGGGGUUUGGAUAUCAGAAAAGACACCUGUCGGAUGACAUGCACCCUGAGCAGACAAUGAUCUGAAGGCCCUACCAGGAGGCCACAUACUUUCUUUCUUCCUUCCCUCCUUCCUUUUUUUUAUCAGUGGAGGAAGACGGGUGAGCCCAGCUGCCUCAGACAGGUGGCAUACGGAGAGAGAGAGAGACUCUCUCACACACACACAUCUUCAUACACAGAGGCGACUAGUCGCUGUUUGUGCUCCUGUAACUGCCUCGAGAAAUUUUGACCUCUGACCUCACCACACCCCCAACCUUGCCCCCACCCCUGCUCGGCCAAUCACAGCAGCCAUGGGGAGGAAAAAGAUCCAGAUUCAGCGAAUCACAGACGAGCGUAACAGACAGGUGACCUUCACCAAACGGAAGUUUGGUCUGAUGAAGAAAGCUUAUGAGCUCAGUGUGUUGUGUGACUGCGAGAUUGCCCUCAUUAUUUUCAAUCACUCAAACAAGCUCUUCCAGUAUGCCAGCACCGACAUGGACAAAGUGCUCCUCAAAUACACUGAGUACAAUGAGCCGCACGAAAGCAGGACCAACGCAGACAUCAUCGAGGCUCUGAACAAGAAAGAGCACCGGGAUUCGGAGAGCCCAGACCCAGAGGAGCCGUUCUCCCUCACGCCUCGCACAGAGGAGAAGUACAAAAAGAUAGACGAGGAGUUUGAUAAAAUGAUGCAGAGCUAUAGGCUUUCAUCCACAGUGCCACCGCCCACUUUCUCCAUGCCAGUCACAGUGCCGGUGUCCAGUCAGAGCCCUCUGCCGUUCAGCAAUCCCAGCAGUCUCGUCACCACCUCCUUCGUCACCUCUACUCUCACAGACCCGCGCCUGCUGUCACCACAGCAACCGCAGCUGCAGAGGAACACGGUGUCUCCAGGCCUGCCACAGAGACCUGCCAGCGCAGGUGCUCUUUUGGGAGGUGACCUCAACAAUUCAAACGGAGCGUGCCCAAGCCCUGUGGCCAAUGGUUACGUCAGUGCCAGGGCCUCCCCAGGACUCCUCUCAGUCUCCAACGGCAACAGCAUGGGGAAAGUAGUGGCUAAAUCUCCCCCUCCACCCAGCUCUCAGAUGGUGAACAGUCGUAAACCGGACCUUCGGGUCAUCACCUCCCAGAGCAGCAAGGGUCUCCUGCAGCUGACAGAUGAAGAGCUGGAGUUGGUGAGUGAGGCUUUCCAGAACGCUCAGCGGUUAGUGUCCUCUCAGGUGACCCAGCCUCUUACCACACCAGUGGUUUCCGUGGCAACGCCGAGCCUUCUGACUCCAUUCUCCAUGCCAACCGCCUACACCACAGACUACCAGCUAACAAGUGCAGAUCUCACAGCCCUCCAGGCCUUUACGCCGUCGGGUGCACUGUUGCCAAGCAACAUGACCACUUGGCAACAGCAGCAGCAGCCAUCUGUAUCCCAACAACCACAGCAGCAACCAUCCGUAUCCCAGCAACAGCCUCAGCAGCAGCAGCAACAACCACAGCAGCUAACUCUGGCCUCCCUCAGUAAUCUUGUCAUGUGGGGCUCAGACAAACAGAACGGAGAGAUGGCUCACUGCAUCUCUGGUCUGGCUGCUAAUCUCAGUGUGACCUCUCAGGGCAGCUUACUCUUGGGCAGGGAGGAAGGGAUCAGCUGGCCCGUGGGAUCGCUCCCUCAUGGAGCUACUCUGACGGUUAACACUGACCCCAACUUCAGCAUCAAAUCCGAGCCAGUGUCUCCUAACCGGGAUCGCAGCACCCCUAGUUCCACCGCCGGGGCAGCGGGUGGCGUAUCAGGCCUAACUGUGACCCAGUAUCCGCUGCGUUUGGAGCCCACCGGCCGCUCUCCGGUCGACAGCAUCAGCAGUAACGGCAGCUCUUACGAAGGAAGUGACCGAGACGACGGAGGGCAGCCACGCCCUCCCGAUUUCAACUCCGCCAGCCUGGGUCUCCUCCGAGCUUCCGGAGAGCAGCCGGCCCAAGCAGAGCAGCAGGAGUCAGCCAAUGUGAAACGCAUGAGACUGGACACCUGGGUCACAUAAACACUGAAGGAGAGAGCGAGAGAGCUGCUCUCUCACCCACACAUGCACACACACCGACACAAACACACCCCUAGUGGCACCUGCUUUCAGCAGCCAAAUCUCAGUCCGCACUUAGACACAUGCAUGCGCCUGUCUCUCUGUCUCUCUCUCACUCUUGUCUCACUCUCAGACACACUCAUAUUUACUGGUGUGUGUAUAUAUUUAUAUAAAAUAUGCAUAUAUGAUCACACACGCACUAGAUCCUCACACACACACAGUUGCCAAUCCAGGUGUAAACGUGUUCACGUAUACGAGACUGAAGAGAUGUACCGGGCCGGAAGGGCUUUUGGUCACGUCUCGGAUAUCUCCGCCCCUGCUCAGAGAGGCCGUCUGGAUCUCAGAUCAACUUUUACAGGCCUUACCGUCGACCCGAUCAGAGUUCAGCGGCACUGCUCUGUCCAAACAGCUUGUUAUGUUGCAUAGACGAGCCUGUCAAUCUCUUUUUUUUUUUGUAUUGAUUUCUAUUUUGUUUUGUUUUUGUAUGAAUGGUUGCAUUUGCCAUUUAUCUUCUCGACUGACUCUUUCGCUCCUGCUUUUCCUCUUUCUUUCUCUGUUUUUUUUUCUAUCUGCUUGAGCAGCUGCCUUUAGAAUCGCCCCCGUUCCUUUAAAGUAGGAUCUUUAUCUUUGUUUUUCUAACUGCACAGAAACUGCGUAUAGUGUGCGUGCGUGCGUGUGUGUGUGUCAGCUGUGAGACGGAGGUGCUCAUUCAUUCGAUCGCUAAACACAAUUCAGCCAAAAAACUCCACUCGAUCAUGUUCGUUUUCCUUCUUUCGUGGUAUCGUAAUCUCGCACCAGUCCCCUCGCUUGCACACUCGUAUGCGUGUGUCAAUCGUCGGAGCUCGAAGCACAAACGCCGCUCUGCGUCCUCGAUUUUCUGCAUACGCGUGGACCGUAAAUGUGGUGUCGUUGAUGGAAAUGUAGAUCUAUCUGUACUAAUGAGAUCCAGGCAUGCAGGAAAUGUAUCAGCCUGCUGCGUGUGACUGUGAGCAGCGGUCUGCCACAUUAUGCUCUAUUUAUUGUUUUCGUCUGGCUGUGUAAUUCAGAGAUUAAUUAGUAAACUUUAUGGGACGAGUAUGCUUAAUUAUUGUUUGUAAGAUUCCAGGAAUAAGUAAAAAUCUGAGUUGUUGUUUAACUCAGGAUGGCGAGUUUUGAGAUCAUGUGUAUAUACAAAAUUUCUCAGUGUUUCAGAACAGGUGUAUAGAGAAAGAGUUGGUGGCUAACACACAUCUCAGCUAGCUCAUUUUAGCUAAGAAAGAGAUGGAGGUCGUGUAGCGCUGUGUGUGUGUGCGUGCGUGUGUGUGUGUGUGUGUGUGUGUGUGAGAAGCGUUGAGAUUGUACAUAGCGAUGUAUGUUCACAUAUAUUCUGCUGGGUCUCUCUGAAACAGCGCUGUAAUCUCAGUGGAGCCGUCUCUGUCAACCUCUACCUGUAAAUAAACUGUACCGUGUUGUAAGUUAGCAAGGUGGAGAGGCAGAUGAAGGAGGAUUUGACUGUUUUUAAGCGUGACUCUUUUCUGUCGUUUUUAUCCUGAUGGCGCGCACUUUAAAAUCUUUCCCCCUCGUCCACUCGCACACCUUCAGACACACAAGAGGAAUUUAUGCUUCCUCACAUUAUCAUUUACACGAUCAGUCCACUUUGACUGAUAUAUCCGUCAUUUUACACCCCAACAGGAACAGCGAUUUCCCCGACAGCUUCGAAGGGAAUACAGCCUCCUUUCACUUAUAAGAUGUUUAAAGCAUUCAGGGAAGGAUGUUUCGUUUAUUAUUUUUUUGUGAGAUCUUGGCUUUUUGCACUUCACGUGUUUAACCGUAAACAAUAAUAGAAAUGUCACGUUUUGUAAAAAAAAGAAAAGAAAAAGACAACAAAGAAAAAAGAAUGUUGUACUGAAAUCUAGAUUAGGCUGUACACGUGUUGCAGAUGUGACAAUUAUGUACACAAAUCGUUUUCUGUGCAUUAGUGUAUUCUCUAAGUGACAAAGAUGAAGGAUGUUUCCGUGACGAUUUUGAAAAAUUAUGACAGAUUAAGUGAAGCUAGUGCUGAAGGGAAAUGGGGUUCAAAAUGAUUUCAAAUAUGGCAUAUUACCCUCUAAAAAGAUGAGUUUUAAGUGUUAGUGUAUUUAUAUUUAAGGUAAGACUCACCUGUCCGUCAUCGGCUUCUCUACCUCUCCCUUCAUCCUCUUGUAUCUUCUUUCUCUCCUUUUUUCCCACUCUUUCACUCACAGAGGAAGACAGAAGCCAUUUCAUUUCACCUCAACAGGUGACCCACAUUUUGUUAAACCAGAUUCCUCAUACACACACACACACACACACACGCAUGCACGCACACACACAUGAUGGAUGCAGUACCAGGAGAGUAAGCGUUUGUUGGGACUCAUCACAGACCUGCGUUCGUAUCCCAUCGACUGAGGUUCUAGAGCUACUGGGCGGAUGUUUUCUAGAACUGCACCAUAGCAGAGCGAAGCCUCUGCAGCGCACCUGUUGACUUAAAGACUGUUGUGUCCUGAGCUUUGAACAAAUGCAGUGAUUUCUAUGUACGUGUGUAAGAUGAGAAGGCCGGUGACUGUAAAGCGAUGCGCCUGGGAUGGUCCGGUGCCUCAAAGCGCUGGCUGUGUUGAUUUUAAGGCUAAGACAACGUUCGAAAAGCUCUCGCAAGGACCUCGUGAUAAAAUUAGGAAUCUGAGUAAUCAAAGAAAAGACAAUCGUCCGGUGAAUAGUUCACUUUGGCCCCCGUAUUCCCUUUGUAUGAUGUCUAGAGAUUCUCACAUACUUUUUCUCGUGUUAAUUUGUGCUGGUGACAGUUUUAUUGUCUGUUUUUAUUAUAAUUGUUAUGAUGAUUAUCAUCACCAUUAUGGUUAUCAUCACAGAUAAAUUUAGAGAGACGGUUUUUGUUUUCUGCAUCUGCAUUUUUUUUUUUUUUUUUCUGUAGGUUAGGCAUCCUAUUUUAAUUUGAUUUUAUUUUAUUAUAUAUGAAUAUUAUAUAAAUAUAUUUUCGUUAAAUUUUUUUUUGUUGGUUUUUUUGUUUUUGUUUUGUUUUUUUUCUUCAAAGGGGUGUUACUAAUAUUGCACGAUUUAUUAAGUAAAACAAAACCGUUGUAGUAAUAUUAGUACUUAUUGCUAAUUGAGGGAAGCGAUAAAACAGGUUCGAUAGAAUGACCAGUUCAAUGCUGCAAUUUUUAGUCAAUUGUACAAUAGUAUCUACACAUAGUUAAGGUGGGACAUCCACACAUUUAAUUUAUUCUGAUCAGACACAAUGCAUGGGCAUCAGACAAGCAAAGAAUGAGUCAUAUUAUAAAUAAACUGAAAUGUAAUUUCGAUAAGAAUAUACAACACAAAACUAGAAUAGAAAUUGAAGAAAAAAGUUUAAAAAAGAAAAAUUAUAGCUAAUAUAUUGUGUUCGGCUAGUCUGCUUUGAGUUUUGUUGUAAAAAAUAAAAAAGACAAAAAAAUAAUGAAAAAAAAAUUCUGUUGUUUUCGGAGAAUGAUAUACAAUUUGUGUAUAUUUUCAUAAACAAAGUAUGCACUGAUAUGUUAUUACAAAUUCUAUACUGCUUUUACAAAAGAGUGUUUGUUAUUGUACCAAAGUAUCCAUUGUCCUUUAUGACCCUCCCCUUUUGCGUAUGUUUUAUUGUAUUUUAUAUAUUAAAUAGACAAGUUGACCUACACAGAAGCGUGAGUCUGUCUUUUACAAGUUGUUUGUGGUUUGUCUUGUCUGUUCACUAUAUUUACAUAUUAAUUUAGACACUUUAAUCUAAAGUUACCUGCAAAUGUGGAAAAACAAGUAAUCAUUUUUAAUCAGCAAGCAGAGAUGUCUUUCAAACAAUAAAGUCUAACAGAUCCUAUAAGUAAAUACUUCAAAUUUGACAUUAGUAGGAUUUAAAAAAAAAAAAAAAAUGUUUUCAAGAAGCCUCUCACGCCAACCAAGGCUGCACUGAACUGAUCAAAAGUAAAAACAGUAAUAUUGGGAAAUAUUGUGACAAUUUUUCAAGUUUUCAAAUUUAAUAUAUUUUAAAAUGUAAUUUAUUCCUGAAUGUUCAAAGUUGACAACAGUUGAGCUGCUUAAUAUUUCAUACUUUUUCUCAUGAAUACAAACUUCUAAGAAUUUAUUUGAAAUAGAGUUUUUCUGUAACAUUAUAAAUGUCAUUUAAAUAAUUUUCACACUCGAGGACUGCCCUUUUCUUUUGUAAUAGUUCUCGUCAAUUAAAAUGUGCGCUGUUGCCAUUUAAUAUCUGGCCACUAGAUGUCAGCCUUUCACUUCACAUCAACACUGCUGCGAAAGUUCCCCCUCUCAUUGAUUCAGUUUUAUAGUGUACCUAGUUUUAUCAUAUACAUGCUUGUUCAGAGGAAAUCCAGGUCUCUUUGAACCCAAAUUUCGACGGCUUUGAGAUGAAACUUUGGAUGUGAUCUAAUUAUGUAAGAAUGUGUUUUUGGUUUUGUUGUUGGAAAUAAAAACCACAAAUAGUUCAUCAACGAA